AUGGAGAUAUGCUGGAAGAUACAGGCAGGCAAUGGCUCCACUGAUGGCUUGGAUUUCAACCCCAUGAAGGAUUACAUGAUCCUGAGCAGUUCCCAAAAGAUAGCUAUCGCGGUGCUGUGCACCUCUCUGGGCAUACUAAGCGCCCUGGAGAAUCUGGUGGUGCUCUACCUGAUCCUGUCCUCACACCGGCUCCGCAGGAAGCCCUCGUACCUGUUCAUUGGCAGCUUGGCUGGGGCUGACUUUCUGGCCAGUGCGGUCUUUGCCUUCAACUUUGUAAAUUUCCAUGUCUUCCAUGGCUUUGAUUCCAAAGCUGUCUUCCUGAUGAAGAUUGGCAGCGUGACUAUGACCUUCACGGCCUCCGUAGGCAGCCUGCUGCUGACCGCCAUUGACCGCUACCUCUGUCUGCACUACCCACCUACAUACAAAGCCCUACUCACCCGUGGGAGGGCACUGGUGACCCUGGGCAUCAUGUGGGUCCUCUCAGCAUUGGUUUCCUCUCUGCCUCUCAUGGGAUGGACUUGCUGUCCCAGGCCCUGCUCCGAGCUUUUCCCCCUGAUCCCCAAUGACUAUCUGCUGGGCUGGCUCCUGUUCAUUGCUGUCCUCUUCUCUGGCAUCAUCUAUACCUACGCACAUGUCCUCUGGAAGGCCCGUCAGCAUGUAACCAGCUUGGCUGAGCACCGGGACAGGCAAGUGCUCGGAAUGGCCCGGAUGAGGCUGGAUGUGUGGUUGGCCAAGACCUUGGGGGUGCUGCUGGCUGUGCUCUUAAUAUGCUGGGUCCCGGUACUGACCCUCAUGGUCUACAGCCUGGCCACCACUCUAAGCAAACAGGUCAAGGAGGUCUUUGCCUUCUGCUCCUUGCUCUGCCUUGUCAACUCCAUGGUCAACCCCAUCAUCUACGCCCUGCGGAGUGGGGAGAUCCGCUCCUCUGCCCGCCACCGCUUGGCCCACUGGAGGAAGUGCCUGAGGGGCCUCGGGCCUGAAGGAAAAGAAGAGUUCCCGAGGUCCUCAGUCACUGAGACAGAGGCUGAUGUGAAAAUCACCCCAGGGCCAGAUUCCAGAGAGCUGUACUGCUCUAAUCACUAA